AAAAAAACCAAUCUCUCCUGCAACCCUGCAACCCUAAAAAAGGAACCCACGCCCCUUCCCAAUCAUCACGGCCUAUUCCCUUAGCCAUUACACGCUACAACCAAAAUCAAUCCAUCAAUUUUUUACAAAGCGGUUCAACACGUAACCUUCACUUUUUCACCAUCUCCUUUUUCUCCUUUAAUACCAUCACAUAUCUAAAAAAUAAAAAGAAGGGACUUCAUCUUCUCCAUUUUUUUUUUUUCAAAAAAAACCCAUCCACAGAGAACCACCGGAGAGAAUUCAUUCAUUACUUUUUCUCUUCCUCUACGGAAUUGAGAGAAAACACCAUCAAUUCAUGUGAACACCAAAAGCCCCACUCUCCCCUUCUCCACCUACACACACAACUUCCAAGCAUCAAAAGAGCACACACGGUGAGAGCACAGAAAGAAAAAAGAUAGAGAAGGGAAGCCAGCCAAGGUGAGGAAAGAAUCAAUGCGAGGCCAAAAUCACUGCACGAAGAUGGGAGGUAAGCGUGAACGAAGAUAGGAGGGAUGACAAAGAUGGACAAGAAUAGGAAAAAAUCUAGAGGACAUAGUUCUCGAGAGCCUACGGAUAUGCAGGACCAAGAGAUGGAUAUAAGGAAGAUUAUGAAAGAUGUUGAAAAUUUUAGUUACUCACAUAUGACAUGGAAAGAACGCAAGAAGAUUGAAGAUAGAAAAAUUGUUUCUCUUUGUGGAAAGGCCCCCAAGAAUCAGAGAUUACCUUUAAGUGUGGCUCGACCAAUGAUGAAGAAACAAAAAGAGAGGGAGCAAAAAAUGCUCCAAGAGCGUUUGAUUAUGGGACAAUUUGGGGGAAAGCUUGGUGGUAGCAGUAAAAGAUCAGCUGUAAAGCACAAGCCAGAAAACAAGGGUUUGAAGUUGAGUGAAGGUCAUUUUAGAAAUGGCAUACUCAACGUGAAGCAUUUGUUGAAUUCAGCACCAUCAAGAGAUCGUGAAACUGGAACAUGGAAAGGUAAAGGUGGUAACAAGAAACAGGGUAAUAAAGGUGCCGGUAAGAAGCAGCGUUCAGCAAAUCCUUUUUGAUUAAGGUUAUAAAUCUAACAUGGUCCUGGUGUAAGCCUUUGCAUAGUACACUAGAAUAGAACAGAACAGUGCAACAUGACAAUGAUGUCUUGUGUUGUAAUUUAAAACUGAAUAACAUCUUGUGUCUUGUUUUCCGUUUUUGUGCUUAUCUUCCAUGAAGUACUAUGAAAUAUAAUAUUAAGAACAGAUAAUAGCUGUUUUUUCCUUACA